GGAUCGUUUGGCGUUUAAAGAAACAAUUGAGCAUCACUUAAGGUUUUUUUUUUUUGGCACGGUGAUCCCCGGUGCAUCCUUGUAUCAUGUCCCCGCCAGGCUCGGCUGCGACAGGCAGUGAGAGCAGCACUGCGACCGCGUUAGAGGAGGAGGCAGACAGCCCGAGAGAGGAGCAAAGGCCUCUGAAACAGUCACUGAGCAAGUCCCUGUGCAGAGAAGUGUUCUGGAAAUGCCUCCUGCUCUCCAUGCUCAUGUAUGGGUGCAUGGGAGCCAUGGUGUGGUGCCAUGUUACCAAGGUCACCCGGCUAAGCUUCGACAGUACCUACAAAGGGAAGUCCAUGAUAUAUCAUGACAGUCCAUGCUCCGAUGGUUAUAUUUAUAUCCCUUUAGCAUUCCUUGUCAUGCUCUAUGUGGUUUACUUGGUGGAGUGCUGGCACUGCCAUGCAAGGAACGAGCUACAGUACAAAGUGGAUGUAGAGGGAAUCUAUGAAAGGGUGCAGAGGAUGCAACAGGCCAAGCCCUGUAUUUGGUGGAAAGCCAUCAGCUACCAUUAUGUCCGGCGAACGCGACAGGUAACACGCUACCGCAACGGUGAUGCCUACACCACCACUCAGGUGUAUCAUGAGAGGGUGAACACACAUGUGGCCGAAGCAGAAUUUGACUAUGGCCACUGUGGAGUGAAGGAUGUUUCCAAACAAUUAGUUGGCCUGGAUAAAUCACCUAUCACCAAAUUAAGGUUCACUAAGUGCUUUAGCUUUGCUAAUGUGGAGUCUGAGAACUCCUACCUUACUCAGCGGGCCAGGUUCUUUACGGACAAUGAAGGUCUUGAUGAUUAUAUGGAGGCCCGGGAGGGAAUGCAUCUGAAGAAUGUAGACUUCAAAGAGUACAUAAUUGCCUUUUCAAAUCCAGACAACCACCCCUGGUACAUCUCUAACUAUGUCUUCUGGACAGCUGCCUUCCUAACAUUCUCUUGGCCUUUGAGGGUGCUGACAGAGUACCGCACAUCUUACGUCCACUACCGUGUGGAGAAGCUCUUCGGAACAGACUACAUUCCAAUGACACCUUGUGAAGAGCAUCCGUACUGCAGACGCAUUCCCAGGGUCAACACCAUUGACAGCACUGAGCUAGAAUGGCACAUCCGCUCCAACCAACAGCUGGUGCCCAGUUACUCAGAGGCGGGUCUGAUGGAUUUAGCCCAGCGCUCAGGAGGUUUCAGGCAGAACUGUGAGCGUUGCCACCGAGCCAUCAGCAGCUCUUCAGUCUUCUCCCGUAGUGCUCUGAGCAUCUGCAAUGCAAGCCCUCGCCUUCCCUUUAGCAGCAGCCGCUUCUCACUGGGCCGUCUGUAUGGCUCACGCCGCAGCUGCUUCUGGAGGAGCGGUAGCCUGGAUGAGCCCGAGAGCCCCAGCGAAAACACACGCUGUCUCUCUGGACAUAUCGCCACAGCUGAGGAUGACCCUCCAGCCUACCAAGAUGCGCUCUACUUCCCAGUUCUCAUUGUGCAUUGCAGUGAGAGCUGCCCCAAUCACCGCUCUUUCCACAGAAACAGCUCAUGUGUAGAGACCUCCUUAUGAGACUCACUGAUGCACCAUUGAGGGAUAGUAAUAAAAACAAACAGAUAUAAAUAAACAGUCCAAUACUAAACUCAAAAUUGACCUGUCACUCAGGAAUCACAGUGUCCAUGACCCAAUAUUUGCAACAAAGAGGCUGUUAUGGGAAUGGUGCAUUUCUAAAAGACAGACUUUGUAUUUAUGUAGAACUAAGAAUGUCCUCAGCACUGCAUUUACCAAAAUGUAAUCAAACAUUCA